AUGUCUUCUGAAUUAGAAAAAAAAAUAUGCCAAAAACAUAAGCUAAAAAUAAAGACAGUAGAUCUAAAGCAGUCAACGGUUGAUGAAGAUAAAUAUCUUUGCAUUAAAUGCUUAAUAGAGAAAAUCGAUAUCUAGAAUAUGGCUAUGGUUGAAGAAACCAAGGCUUUGAUCAAACAAAUGAAGAGUGAGUAGUAAUGCAACAAAAUAAAAGAGAAUUAGAGGAGAAUGUACAAUUGCCAAAUUUUUGCUGAAUAUUUUGCUUGA